UGCAACGGACCUAUAAACACACUGACUGAUAAAGAAGAAGAAGAAGAAAUCAGCUGACAUGCAGGGCUGUAAACAGGAAACAUGCUUAAAUUAAGAUAAAAAUACAUAAUUAACUUGAAACAACAUAGUUAGGAAUAUUUUCUAUUUUUCUUUUGUAUAAUUUGUGACGCUAAUUUGACUGUAGUUGUAGCUAUUUGAUAGAUUAAAUGAGGAAGUUCCUUUUUGCCUUCCGCUACUUUUCUAUUUAGUGUUCACAUAACUUGAUACAUUACUGAGAUAUAUAUAUAUAUAUAUAUAUAUAUAUACACUACUAAACGCACGUUAAGGUGUUCUGAACUUUAGAAGGCAUCUUUGUUAUUAUGGCUUCUUCGUUUAAAAUCGGAGCGAGAUUUCGGGAGCAGGCGAGAGAUUUGCUGGAGGGAGAAUCCGCCGUGUCAGAAGAGCUGAGGGAAGAAUUCAAGGCUCUGACAGAUCAGUCCAUCAUACCAUUCAAAACUGUGAGAAAACUACACAAGCUUCUUCAGGAAAAUGGACAUCCAGUGUAUCUUCAUGACCUGUUUGAGGACAGCACACUUCAUCUUCCAGAAGUUAUAUUACCUCCAAGGAACCCCCAGUUGGUGGCCCGCUUAGAAAAAAUUAAAGCAAAACUUGCCAACGAAGAAUAUAAGAGAAUAACACGGAAUGUGAAUCCACAGGAAAUGAAUCAUCAUGGAACUUUAGCAGAUUUUGGACGACAAGUGCGUUCCGUGAAGGCAGUUGUUGUUACUGUAUUCAACUUCCUGGUAACUGUAGUUGCAGCAUUUGCCUGUUCAUAUCUGGGCAGCCAGUAUAUCUUCACCGAGACAACAGCGAGAGUAUUAGCUGCAGUGAUUGCAGCAUCUGUUGUUGGUCUUGCCGAGCUUUAUGUUCUGGUCCGGACUAUGGAGGGAGAACUUGGAGAGCCUUGAUACCAACUAAACUCAUCCAAUAUUGCAAUAUUUCCAUAUUUUUUUGUCAUCAUUAAUGUUUUUCACUGUACAGCUUCUUAUUCUGUUUGCUUUGUUUCUCUCCAAAUCAAAAUGAUUUGUUUUGAUCUAAUAUUCAGUAAAAAGGCUUUUACAAAGGAAUCAAUUAAAUGGUUUGGAAACCACUUUGAUCUCAAGACGCUAGGCGGUACAUUAUGAUCAUGUUGUCUUGUUCAUCUAUGUUUGUAUUUAUUUGGAUGUCCUCUACAGGAGUGUUAUUCCUUGUUUCGCUUAUAACUAAUAAACAUGAUUGUAAAUGGUU